GUCAAGUCUUUGAGGGCAGAAGACGAGCCAGGAAGCGUCUUUGGACAGGAGAGCUGAAAUUGAGGACUUUUCCCAUUUUUUCCCCCUCUUUUUUUCCUCUCCUCAAGGGGCAUCCGUAGAUUUUUGCCGCUCGGUUUUGUUGUCUGUGAGUCAGUCAGUCUGUGGAAGAAGGUUGACUAGGCUGGGGUUUGUUGACUCUUCUCCCCCACUGCUUAGUAGACUUUCCGACCAAAUGUGCGUAAAGGGGCUCUAUAUUAUCGCCGUCCUGUUUGGACUCGCAGCUUCAGGUGUUUUGCAGGUGAACGGAAUGCGUGUUUACACAUCUGGGGACGUUGAGGCGGUCAAUGGAACAGAUGUUCGUCUCAAAUGCACGUUUGACAGUUCAGCUAAGAUCAACCCUGAUCUUGUCAUCAUCUCCUGGACUUUCAAACCCCUUUCAGGAGGCCCAAUCAUUAGGAUUUUUCAUUACCAGCAAAAACCAUAUCCGCCUCCUGAUGGCAUCUUUAAGAAGCGUGUCUCUUGGGCUGGUGAUAUCAUGGGGAAUGAUGCCUCCAUCAUACUGCGGGAGGUCAAGUUCAUCUAUAAUGGCACCUACACCUGCCAGGUGACAAAUCCUCCUGAUGUUCAUGGCCCAGUUGGGGAGAUUCAUCUUCGUGUUGUCAAAACAGCUUCUUUCAAUGAACUUCUCUUCCUGGUCCUGGCCAUUGGAGGUGGCAUCGCCGCUGUGGUCUUUUGCCUCAUAGUCAUCGUGUCCUGUAGGAGAUGCAAGAGGAAACACAGACAGAGGCAGCUGGAGGGUGAUGAAGAGGUUCCCCGCAAAGAGAGGAAAGACCCCACUGCGUGCCACCCAUCAAAGGCCAUCCAUCUCUACCUGUCAGAGACAUCUAUAGAGAUUGAUAGUUCAGAUGGCAUGAUCUCAGACCCCAGCACUGGAGACCCAAGCUCCUCAGAGGAUGAUGAUGAUGAUGAUGAUGAUGAUGAUGAUGUUGGUGAUGACUCUGACUGAGAAGGACCAAACACAGAUUGGAAUGCUGAUGAGAUCCCGUCAGGAAACUUGCUGGAAGGAGGCUCUAAGGGUACAUUUGGAUUUCACUCUUCUGCUCGGCAGAGACUUGCUGAAAGCAAAGUGAGAAGAUGAAGAUUUGAGGAAAAAUGGAGAAUAUAAAUCUUUUGGAGGAAAAAACAAACAACAAAAAUAAACAAGAUUUCUGUAGAGAAACAGUCCUAAAGAAAACAGCCUUUCUGUUUGGAGGCUCCAUAAAUGUUUGAGGAAAUGAAACAGUGGAUCAAACUCAAACAAAACCCUAAAGCUUAUGUGCCAAACUGGAUUGUGGACUUAAAGCUGGCCUAGUAACGUAGAGGGUAUGUUUAGCUUUUGUUGGAGCUUUCUGCUGGUUUACACAGAAAUCCUCUUAGCAGAACAAGUGUUUGCUGUAAUUCUGAGCCACACAAAGUGCAUUAUAUUUCGUGAGUUGUCCAAAGACUGUUUGUAAAUUGGAAAUAUCUCCAGUCAUUUGUAGAGAUGUGCACAUAAGUCAUAUGAUUGACUUCAAGCUUGAUGUGUGCUGACUGAUGACUAUACCCAAACACUAACAAGUCCAGGUUACAACGCUCUUUCAUGUUGAUGCUGUUAUUGGUGAAGUAGGCUGGGUUGGCUAUUUUCAGUAUGUGACGUGUUUAAAAAUGAAGUCAGAACAUGGAGAUGUAAGAACCUACCUAAAAGGAAACCUGUCAACACUUGUGUGGAGUUUUUUGAGGCUACAACAGAGUGAGAUGGAACAAUACUUUCAGAAGGUAACAGGAAGGCUGAAUGUAAAAGACCAACAUUGCACUCUUGAAUCCUUUGGAACGCUUUUCAACCUCUGUCUGUCAUGAGAAAUGAUGGAUUAAGAAAUCUUGGCAGCCUUUUGAAAAUCUCAAAGAUUUGGUAAAGAUCUGCUUUCUCCAGUGAGUGCAUGUGGAGAAAGCAGAUCUUUACCAUAUCUGAUUUAGUGCUAGACAAGGUAACUGUGUUGAUCUCUAAUAAAAGAUCAGAAAGUCGGUUUAAAAUGUGAUUGACUAUUUUGUGCUUGUUUAAAAAUAUUUGUAAAAACAAACUGAACUUCCACAUAUUCAACUGGAUUAAUUAGUCUAUCUUAGAAACUGGUUGUCCCUGCACCUGUUGUCCCUCAUGUAUUUUGGGAGAAGGAUGGUGAAAAAUACUGCUGUCGUUCUUCCGCCACACCUGUCCUGUUUGCAUUAGAAUUAGUUGGUGUCCAAUCCCUUUAAUAGGCAUCUUCAGUCUUGUCAGAAAAAGCUUAAUUUUAGUUUUUUCCCCUAAAUUAUGUCCGUAUGACAGACCAUGCCAUACUGUUUUGCUAAAAAUUAACACGUUUUCGAGAAGUUUUUUUUUUUAUUAGUAAAUUUAAAGUCCUAAAGCUUUAACUAGAGAAUUGCAUCCAAGCAAGUUGAAUGAGAAACAGAAUACUUUACUUUAAGACUUAAGUAAUACUAUUUGUCACAUCAAAUUUCUCAUAUUAAAUGGUAAAAAUUUGAUUUAUUUUUUCUUCCGUCUAAAAGCCAAAGAUUUGAUCUGUGGGAAGCAACCACAUGUACACAACGGCCCUGAAACGCAUGUGGGAGUGCACAGUAAGAUCUGUAAACCCUUUUUGAUUGCAAAAUGUCCUUGAAGGCCUGUGCUCUAUUCUUUCAUUUGUGAAUGCAUUCCAACUAACAAGUGUUAAUAUGCCCGUAUUUCAGAUUUUUUGUGGCAGAUUUUGUAUUCGUGUUCAAAGUGUUUUAGAUGUAUAAGAAACUGUUACAUUUGUAUUUGUAAUAGAACUUUUAUAAAGAAAAAGUUUUCUAAUAAAAAGCCUUUAAAUCUUU